AUGAACUUCCAAAAAAUCACGGAUUUCGGCACAAAAAAUUUGAGGCCAACCCCCCGGAGUAUGGACCGUAUCUGGGCUCCGCUUGGUCUUUCCGCUGGAUCUCUCCCAGAACCACAAAUCUCCCAGUACCGCAAGGAAGUUAUUCAAGUUCUCCUCCGCCAUGUCUGGGAUCCUGCGUACAGUGACUACCUGCCGCUCCCAUUGCAACGCUUCUUUAGGAGACACGGUAUCGCUCAAGGCUUCGAAAGAGAAAUCAUGCGAUUCCAAAAUUUCCUACCAGCACCAGUCCUAGCAAUGCAAGGUAGAGUAGAUCUUGGCGAAAGACUCGUUGACCUUCUUAGAUACGAAAUUCGAUCUAACCCAGAUUUCAGGACUGUUGGUACUGCUGUCCCGGUCAUGCCGUGGGUUCUGCCUGCUGCCUGGGUUGGCAAUGCUCCCGACAUUUACCCGCCGCCUGCCGCGCUCCGAGGGGAUGCUGCACCGUAUAUCAUGCCAUCAGGGAUCCCCACUCCCCCCGGGAAUCCCCCCUUUAUCCCUGUGAUCGCUCCUUUGCGGAUUGUACCCAAUCUGCCGGACAUGAUUGAAACUGCCCGGGCCAAGAUGCCCGGUGCCUGGCUUGGUCCUCCCCGACGUCGCCCGUCUACUGCACUUCCCCCGUAUACUGGCGAUAGUGCUUCUGGUAGAGCCGAAGAUGGUGCCUAA